CUGUAAAGGACGUCAACGCCCACGGUAAUUAUUGACAUUAAAACACAUGCUACUGCUCUCGACGAAGUCAUAGCCACGAUAACAAUGAAAGACACACAAAAUGAGUGAAACCACGAGAAAACAUGUAAAGGGAUUUAUGACAAAAUCCCGUUAUGACUUAACGUUUGACCACUUGUGUGUUGUCAUGUCUUUCAUCAAGGCUUAUGCUGCUUACCUCAAGCGUACCGGUAAGCUCGAAGUCCCCAAGUGGGUCGAUCUUGUCAAGACCGGUACCUUCAAGGAAUUGGCUCCCUAUGACCCCGAUUGGUACUAUAUCCGUGCUGCCUCCGUUGCUCGUCACAUCUACAUCCGUAAGAACGUUGGUGUUGGUGCCUUGAACAAGGUUCACGGUGGUACCGUCAACCGUGGUUCUCGUCCUUCUCACCACGUUGAUGCCUCUGGCUCCGUCAACCGUAAGGUCCUCCAAUCUUUGGAAAAGAUCGGUGUCUUGGAACAAGACAAGAAAGGUGGCCGUAGAAUCACUCAAGAUGGACAACGUGAUUUGGAUCGUAUUGCCAUGACUCUCGCUGAAGAAUCCGACGAAGAAUAA